AUGCCAUCGUCCUUCCAACAAGGCUCGUCGUCAAAGGCGAGCAUCAGAGUAACAGGACACCAAUUCAGCAGAUCCGACGCAGAGCUCGCCGACAUCCUCGCACGACCAAGAGGCGAACAGACUCAAGUAACCAACGAUGGCGUCCGCGUUUUUGUCGACCUCUCCAAACACACCAUCGUCAACUUUGUCGACCUCGUCGCCCAACAACACGCACAACGAGCUCUUGCCCGCAAAAAGGAAGCCAAACUCGCAAAGAAGCAGCAACAUGCAAAACGGAUAGCAGAGCCUGAGUCAUCAGACGCCAUGGAGGUCGACCCACCAGAAGAGACCGGACCCGAGUCAGCAGUUCACAGCGAAGUCGAUGGCGAUGGCGAGGACGUCGGAGAGUCUGUUGGCGAGUCGGACAACUCGGACAACUCAGACAACAACUCGGAGGACUCGAACGAUAACGACAGCGAUAACCCUCCGCCAAAGAAGGACUUUCUCGAUAACCUGAUGGACCGUUUCGAGAAGCUAUACUAUGUCCUCGACGAGGAAGACGAGGAGGAGCGGAGGGCACAUGAGGAGGGUCGACCCCAGAAAAAGAGGAGUCGCUGGGACUUUGAAUCUUACGACGUAAACGACGACUUUAUUGACGACAGCGAAGCAAUGGUCCAGUCUAUGGGGAUCAAGUUGAGACCCAAAGAGAGCGGAUUCUAUGUUUGUCGUGGUCCUCUCGUCAUGGUGCCCGUUGACGAGCCGAGUACGCCUCGCAAGAGAGGAGGAGCAGGAGCAGCAGGAGGCGGUAGGCGGAGAGCGCCGGCGGGGACAACUACAGCCAAGGGGUCGAAUCUGGCGAUUGUCGAGAGUGCAAUUGAGUGGACGCCAGAGGUGAGCGAGACAGAGCGGAAACCUAGCGGCAAAUCAUCAAAUGGUGAAGGAGGCUCCACAGCGCCAAAGAAGAAGCGGACGACUAAAGCCAAGACCGUGACAAUGGCGGAUGAUGCCGACAACGACACCAACAACGACUCCGACAAACAAACCAAGGCGCCAGCACCAAAGAGGGCAAAGGCAAAGACGACCAAGACCCCGGCUGCCGAUACUGCUGUCACUACUCAGGAAUCAUCCGCCGCAGCAGACGCCUCUACGACCUCUACUCCUAACAGCGACCCUGCGGCAUCAAAGUCUGCCAUCGCCACGACAUCCAAAGCCUCAACUACAUCAAAAACCAAGACCACUGCUGGAGCCAAGGCCACAGGAUCAUCGUCAGCGACAUCCACAGCGGCUAUUCCUACAGUCCGUGUCGACUCACCUCCACCAACACUAAUGGACGGCGUGGAAGAUAGCUCAACACCCCAGCCACCCCCAUCACGACCCGUUUCGCCCCUGAAGGUGAAAUCAAGAUCGAAGGCUAAAGCCUCAAAAGCUCAACAGGAUGGCUCACUGUCUGCUGAUCCAGCUACAGAUGAUGCGCUGACAGAGGAUGAUACAACUCAGGAACCGCAUGCUAUGGACACUAGUGCCGAUAAUACUGUCGCGGACACCAUCGACAAAGUGACGCCGCCCUCAAAUGAUGGGAGUCGUGAGGGUGAGUCUAGGUCGUCCUCUCCUGCUCCCCGGAGAAUGAGCAACAGCCAAGGGCCCGCGAGAGACGACGGCCUCGAAUCGGAUGACCAGGUCGUGGAACUUGGACCCAAGCCAGAGGAACCCUUGCCUGACGAACUGAAAUCAGCGUUCCGAGCCGUCGAGGAACUUGCAGAGAAGGAACCCUGGGAAGGUCUUUUCCCGGCCCCUGUGCGGACAGCCAUGUUCACAUUCGGUCACAAGGCCCUCGAAUACUGCAAAGGAUCAGGAAAGAUAAUACCAGAGGUGUACUUUGACCACCUGAGGUCCAUCAUCCCUUACCAGGGCACUACUCUUCGAAAACUCAUAUACAGGAUGCUGCUUCCAAACUGGAUCAAAGACUUGGAGUUCGAAAAGACAAAGUAUAUUGGGCAAUUCACAGAGCGGACCAAGAAGGUUCUUCUCACGUCCGGUCUGGCCAACCAGGCGACUAUUCAGGAUGCAGAUGGCGACGUCAACCUUAGUGGCGACGAAGGGAAAUUUCAGAAAAAGUUCCCAUGGACCCAUGACCUUCGACUUCUGUUGUGGGAGACCAUGGAGAUGUUCAUGGAAAUUCGGCAAGCGAAGCACGAGUUCCACUCGGUGAAGAAUAGCUACCCAGCACCACCCACAGACUCCAAGACCAGGAAAGACGCUUAUCAAACUUUGCUGCUUGCCUUUCCAUCGGGAUGGACAACAUCGUAUGAGAUCUCGCGGCAAUACAGUCAGCUCAAGGAGAAGGUCCAGAAGCAAAGGAAUGACAAGAAGGAGGUUGAGGUUACGAAACCAGUGCUGGUAACAAAGACGAAGGCUGCGACAGGGGGCGCGGCUUCUCGACCUCCAAAGGCUGUGGCAUCGCCCGCGGGACCCACCACCUCAACGACCAAACUCACAAAAUCACUCUCGUCAACCAAGCUCACAGCUGGCAACACCUCAACGAAUGUUAUCACGUCACCCACCAAGUCGACGACAACCGCUAGCGCUUCUGCUACACCUGCCAAAGCGACGUCUACUGUCGCAUCCACAGCCUCGUCAGCCAAGCCCACCAGUUCACCUACCUUACCCACCAAGGUCUCGGCCUCGGCUGCCAACACAGCCUCCAGUCCUUUGUUGAGUGCUGUCAAGCCCGAUAUAUCUGCGGGUCCAAGGGACUCUCCACCAGUAGUCGCCCGUCGUGUAACUCCCAACGCGACAAGCUCUUCUGCUCGUUCGCCUGCAAACCUUCAUCGUGCGACAGCAACGCCUGAACCGCCACAUCUUCAGGCACAGCAUGGAUCGAAGCCCCCCCAACCACAACAAUCGCGACUUCCUUCCCAACCUCCGAUGCAGCAUCAGACCGCAAGAACUCAUUUCACAUACACUGGUGGACCCAUUUCAAGCGGCUCUGCCGCACCAUCUCUCAGCAAGAAGAGAAAAAACUCGGUUGGAGUUGCCCAAGGAUCUGGGUCGAAUGCUGACCCACUUGUCAUUGACGAAGGUCCGGUUCAGGGACGGGACUAUGGACACGAAAGGCGGCGGUCGCCACAACCAUACUACCGCGAUGCCUCUUACCCCAGUCAAGUUUCGUACUCUUCACAGGACAUGGCUGGCUCAAAGUCAUCAAACUCGAGCGCUGCCAACAAAAAAUCCAAGGCAUCUGCAGGCGAUUAUGGCGACUAUCGCGGGCCAUCCCCCCGUGCACCAUCUCCUGGCGCUUCAGGAUCUGCGAGGGUUAUGGAUUCGACGGGCUCGUUUUCGGGAUACCAUCGCGCUGUGGGAAGUGGACGAGGAGGUCGCCUAGGAGGUGUUGGUGUGGGACCUCGAGAUGGACCGGGACCGUUGCAGCAGCAUUCCUCAUCAAUGCGGCGAUCGUAUUCGCCGCCACCAAUGCAAAACCAGCGACUCCCUCCUGUCUACCGCUCUCAACAGCCUGAACCUCUCAUGCAAUAUCGCGAAGGUUCCGAUAUGCCGUCGUAUCACCAUCAUCGUUCCCAGCAGCAGCAACAUGAGAUGUCUCGAUCAGAAAGGGACAGCGGAAGGAUGUACUCGCCGUCGUCGAUGCACUCGCCACCAACAUCGUCGUCGUCGCCAGGACCUGGGUCAGCGAGACAUCCAGGACGGCCGGUUCAGCAACCACCCUCUCAUCACCAGCGGUCCCCUGAUGACCUUCUGCGCCACCCUCCAUCCCAUCGAUCGCAGCAACAGCAGCAGUCGCAGUCACCAUCGUCGCAUUACUCGCACCGACGUUGA